AUGAUGUAAUCAAAUAACCUUGUAGUGUUUGAAUUUUUUUGCAAAGGUGAUUAGUUUAAUGUGAAAGUUUUGUAGCGACGAAUAGAGACGGAAAAACGCCUGAUAUUCAGUUCCCAAGAAGGAAAGUCUACAUAGACAAGGAUGAAAUAUCGAGAUACUUAUACGUCUUAUCGGCCGUGAAAAUUUUGGCGCGGUUUAAGUACUGAUCAGGGUUUAAGAUUAUUAGCAUAGAUUGAACGACAUGGAAAACAUUAAUCCCAAAGAAGCUCUUAAAUUUUUGGAGUUUGUAAACAAUUUGAAGCACAUGCCGCGGCGCGGAUGGAUUUUUUCCAAGGUAAAAGACCACGAGCAAAUAGCGGGGCACAUGUACGCCAUGGCGAUGAUGACCUUUAUGCUGGGCGACUCCUCCAAACUGGACAGGCUGAAAUGUUUGCAACUCGCCGUCGUGCACGACUUGGCCGAAGCCAUCGUCGGGGAUAUUACUCCACAUGACAAUGUCACUGAAGAGGACAAACAUCGACAGGAAGAUGAAGCCAUGAAAGAGAUCACGUCCCAUUUAGGUCCAGAAAUAGGGAGUAUGGUUUAUAACUUAUACAAAGAAUAUGAAGCGAAAGAGACGCCAGAAGCCAAAUUUGUCAAAGAUUUAGAUCGGUUUGAUUUGUUAUUUACCGCAACACAGUACGAGAAAAGGGACAAAACACCCCACAAGUGCCAGGAGUAUUUCAACUCUCUCAAUGGUAAAUUUGAGAACUCAUACAUACGAAGACUGGUCUCGGAGUUGACCCAACAAAGAAUGAGUGUUCCUGGAGUAGGCGACUCAGAGGUGCCUUCCAAAAGCACAACCAAUGGCAUUUAAAAGGGUCAGAACCUUUUAUUUCUGGGACGCAAUGUCCUAAAUGACAUAUUUCUGAGUCUCAUUCGCUCCUGAGGUGAAGUUCAUGAUUGUUUUUUUUUUGUUAUCAAAGUUUUUUUAGUUUUGUUGACAUUUGCAGAAAGCUAUGUAAUAUAUUUAAAAUACAUUUUAUGUGAACUUAAGGAUACAUGGAGGCAUUAAUUAGGCAAUAGGAUUUUGGAUUUUUUCAACUUUUUGAAAUAAAUAGCUUACAAAUCAAUCAGUGUGUAAGACCACUAGCA